GGUGGUUUAUUGGUGCCGGAGAAGAAUCAGAACGCCGGUGGAAAUGGGCCGGCGAAUAUUAAACGAUGCAUUGCGUACAAUUGUGAAUGCUGAAAAGAGAGGCUUUGCUUCGACUCAGCUCCAACCUGUCUCCAAUGUCAUAGCUAAUUUUCUGCAAAUUAUGAAAUAUCGAGGUUAUAUCAAAGACUUUGAAGUGCAUGAUCCUCAUAGAGUUCGUAAGAUAACUGUUCAGUUACUUGGAAGAAUUAACGAUUGUCGUGCUCUCACCUACAGACAAGACAUCAAGGCUGCAAGUAUGGAGAACUACAAGACACGCACAUUACCAACUCGUCAGUGGGGCUAUGUUGUUAUUACAACACCAAAUGGAGUUCUGGAUCACGAAGAAGCAAUGAGGCAAAAUGUGGGUGGUCAAGUUAUUGGCUACUUUUAUUGAACAAGUUCCAGUCAUAGUUCAAGGUUCAAGACUAUAAAGAUAUUCUUGCAAGUCCUUUGUUUUCUACACCAUGACUAGCUCCUAGCAUACUUCUUUUCUAAGGCCUUAAAUGGAAGUUCACUGUCCUCUAUAUGGCCUAUAGGAAUAGAAAACUAGAUAUCACGUUAGUUUUCCCUUCAUUAAUCUGUUUGGCAUUUUUGAUUGUAGUAAGAGAACUUAAGUUCUAUCUCAAAUCAAUGCCACUAGAGGUUGUUACUUUGGGUCAAAGAUUUCUGUUCUCAACUUUCCAGAAAUGAGUUCUUUCUAUUUUGAUUCUAUAGUAUCUGCAUAAAUAUCAUACAAUUUCUGUAUUGCCACAUGUUGGAUUUGAUUUAC